ACCAUGGCCGCCGAACCUAGCUCCGACCUCCCCAACGGGGCCUCCGCCUCCGCCGCCGCCGGGAAGAAAUCGCGGGAGAGCGACCGCCGCCGGCGCCGCCGGAAGCAGAAGAAGAACAAGGCCCCUUCCGCUGCCGCCGCCGCCGCUGAUGCGGACGCCGACGCGGCCGAGGAGGACAAGCCCGAUUCAAAACCCCCGGUGGAGAUCGAGGUCGAGUACGUGGCGGAGGAGCCGGACCUCGCCGACGGCCUCCUCGCCGACUUCAAGACCAUCUUCGAGAAGUUCACCUUCAAGGACACCCCCGCCGCCGACGAGGAUGGGGAGAAGAAGGACGAGGCUGGCGCCGAUGCGGCCAAGAAGGGGUCCGGGUCUGAUUCGGACGACGAUGAGCAGGAUGCCCAGCAGAAGAAGAAGGAAGGAGGCAUCUCCAAUAAGAAGAAGAAAUUGGAGCAAAGGAUGAAGAUUGCAGAGCUGAAGCAGAUAUGCAACAGGCCUGAUGUCGUUGAAGUCUGGGAUGCGACUGCAUCAGAUCCCAAGUUACUUGUCUAUCUGAAGUCUUACAGGAACACUGUACCUGUCCCAAGGCACUGGUCUCAAAAGAGGAAAUUCUUGCAGGGCAAGAGAGGUAUAGAGAAGCAACCGUUCCAACUUCCUGACUUCAUUGCUGCAACUGGAAUAGAAAAAAUAAGACAGGCAUAUAUCGAGAAAGAGGAUAGCAAAAAGUUGAAGCAAAAGCAGCGGGAGCGUAUGCAGCCAAAAAUGGGAAAGAUGGAUAUAGAUUAUCAGGUUUUGCACGACGCCUUCUUCAAAUAUCAAACUAAACCAAAAUUGUCUAGUCAUGGUGACCUGUACUACGAAGGGAAAGAGUUUGAGGUCAAACUUAGGGAAAUGAAGCCAGGUAUGCUGUCCCGAGAACUUAAAGAAGCUCUUGGCAUGCCUGAUGGUGCGCCACCUCCAUGGCUUAUAAACAUGCAGAGAUAUGGUCCUCCACCCUCUUAUCCUUCGCUGAAGAUUCCUGGUCUGAAUGCUCCAAUUCCUCUUGGUGCUACUUUUGGUUACCGACCUGGGGAAUGGGGAAAGCCUCCUGUGGAUGAGCAUGGGCGGCCCUCUAUGGAGAUGUUUUUGGCAUCCUACAACAGGAUGAACCUAAUUAUGAUGAGGAGCCUGUUGACCGCAGCAAGCACUGGGGAGACCUGGAGGAGGAAGAGGAAGAGGAGGAAGAAGAGGAGGAGGAAGAGGAAGAUGAACCAAUGGAAGAUGAAGACAUGGAGGAAGGCAUCCAGUCUGUCGAAACCAUGUCAAGCACUCCCACUGGCAUUGAAACACCUGAUGCUAUUGAUCUUCGUAAACAACAAAGGAAAGAGCCUGAAAGGCAAACCGAAAAGCAGCUAUACCAGGUUCUUGAGCAGAAAGAGGAAAAGAUCGCACCUGGGGCACUCUAUGGAUCAAGCCAUACGUAUGUUGUCGGGGCACAGGAUAAAGCUGGAGUUAAAGGGUUGA